AUGGCACCGCGUCCGCGCGACGGCCUAGGCGUCACCUUUCUCCUCGCGGUCGCCCUUCGCAUCGUACUCAUCGCGUGGAGCGUCUACCAGGACAAAAACUUCGCUGUCAAGUACACGGACAUCGAUUACUUCGUCUACACCGACGCCGCUCGACACGUCGCGCGCAGAGGAUCUCCGUACGAGCGCGCGACGUAUCGAUACCCGCCGCUCUUAGCGGCGCUGUUAACACCGAACGUCUUCGUGCACGAGUGCUUCGGGAAGGUGCUGUUCGGUGUGUUGGAUGUCGUCGUGGGCGUGCUCUUGGUAAAAAUAUUACGUCUUCGAGGUGCGAGCGCGCGGGAGCUCAAACACGCGGCGUGGUGUUGGUUAUUCAAUCCGUUCACGUGCACAAUUAGCACCAGAGGGAGCUGUGAAGCGCUAACGGGAACUCUGGUGCUGUUGACGGUCGAAGCUCUGUUGGUGGGAAAGACGUCGAGAGCUGCAGUCGCAUACGGCGCCCUCGUGCACUUCCGUCUCUAUCCCAUCAUACACGUCGUGACAUUCAUCGCGUUCCUAAACGAGGAUUACGAUGGUAAUCGUCCCCUGCUCGGAGGAGGUCGUUUCAGUUCAGUUCGAUGGGUGACCGUUGAAAAUGUGAAAUUCGGACUCGUCUCCGCUGUGACGUUCUUGGCUCUCACCUGGGGUUCGUACGCCGCGUACGGUUCGGAUUACAUCAACGAGGCGAUGUUGUACCAUUUGCAAAGGAAGGACCACCGUCAUAAUUUCGCUUCAGCGUUUUAUGGGGUUUAUUUAGAUUCGCAUCAAGACGUGAGCGUGUCGCUCUCGACGGCGGCAGAGCUCUUGCACAGAUUGGCGUCUAGUGCUCUACCAUCGCUGAUCGUCGUGAGUAUUCUGGGUGUACGGUACGCGUGUGAUCUUCCAUUCGCACUUUUCUCGCAAACCCUCGCGUUCGUCGCUUUCAACAAGGUGGUCACGGCUCAGUAUUUCGUUUGGUGGUUCAUGCUCCUUCCGCUCCUGCUGCCCUCUCUUGCUCGAAGCGAGGGGCGCAAACAGGUUGGGUUCGCCAUGAUGAUCUGGCUCAUCGCCCAAUUACACUGGCUCGCUUGGGCGUACGCUCUGGAAUUCAAGGGUGCACAGGUGUUCGAGCCCCUUUGGCUCGCCUCGAUGACUUUCUUCACUGCAAAUGUUUCGUUGCUCGUCACCUUCGUUCGAACGCACUCUCUCGAUCCGGUGUUGUCACGCGCCCGGCUUUCAACCGGAUCGUCAAAAAAGUCAUGUUGA